UUUAGAAUCACUCCCCAAGUAGGAUUCGAACCUACGACCAGUCGGUUAACAGCCGACCGCUCUACCACUGAGCUAUUGAGGAAGAAAAGGAGAUUCCAUUUAAUCGAGUAAAAUUCCUGUUCUCAAUUCAAGACCACUAUAGGCGGGUUCAAUUCCCGUCGUUCACCCAUGACCCGAAUUGCUGUUUUGUUUCGAUAAAUUCUAUAAAAAAAAUCAAUUAAACUUCAUUUCAUAUAAAACCUAUUUUGAAUUGAAUUAAUCUUUCGCUUGGGGACAGUUAUUUGUAAUUUGAAAAGUUUUGUAAAUUUUAUUUUUAUGGAAAGCACUCCUACGACUUCUUGUUCUAAGGUUUCCUCAAUUGAAAAAUAAAACCUAUUUUGAAUUCCAAACAUUGGAAUUCCAUAUAGUAGAAUAGAAAAAAAAAUGAUAGUAAAAUAUCAUAAUAGACGAUCCUAAUUAAAUAUCAUAAUAGACGAUCCUAAUUAAAUAUCAUAAUAGACGUCAAAUAUCAAAAUAGACGAUCAUAAUCAAAAAAUGAUAGUAAAAUAUCAUAGUAUAAGAUGUGAAGGCAAAUCUACUAGUUUAUUGUUUUCUAUUAUAGAAAAAUAAUAGAAAAAUUAUAGGAAAACAAGUUAAAAAAAAAAAAUAAAGGAGAAUUUUAUGAUUAUAGGUUCUGAUUUCUUUUUGAAGGUACUCAAUUCUGUUGUUGUAGUCGGACUGUAUUAUGGAUUUCUUACCACAUUUUCAAUAAGGUCCUCUUAUUUCUUUUUUGUGCGAACUAUGGUUAUGGAAAAAGAACCAAAUACAAAUAAGAAGGUAGCAGCAACCACUGGUUUUUUUAUGGACAGCUCAUAAGAUUCGUAUCCAUCUAUUAUGCGCCCCUUUAUCUAGCUUUGGGUAGACCUCAUACAAUAACUGUCCUUGCUUUACCUUAUCUUUUGAUUCAGCUUUUCUUGAACACUGAAAAAAAAAUUUUUGCUUAUGGAUCUAAUAACCAAAAUUCAAUCCGUGAUCUAGAGAAUAUCUUUGUAUUCCUCAAUCAUCUUAUUUUUCAGUUGCUUAACAUUUGUAUUUUACCAAGUUCAACGUUAGCCCGAUUAGUAAGCAUUUAUCUGUUUCGCUGUAACAAUAAGAUGUUGUUUGUAAUAAGCAGUUUUUUUGCUUGGGGAAUUGGACAAAUUUUAGUCAUCAAUUGCUUGGAAUUUUUAGUAGUCUGGAUACAGAAAAAUUUAGUAAUCUGGAUACAUAAAAAUAAUGUUAUUAGAAAGUACCUAGUCAGAAAUUCUAUCUUUUUUAUUUUACUAAAUUGUAGUUUGGAAGUAUAGUAUGUAUUCUAAGUAUUCAGUCUUAGGCAGAACACCCUUACCUAUUCCUACUCAGAAAUUUAGUGAGGUCUCAAAAAUAGAACAAAGGGAAAAGGAAAGGUUGCAAAAGGAGGAAGAAAAAGACGUAGAAAAAAAAAAGAAAUCCACUGAAGAAGAUCCUUCCCUUUUUUCCGAAGAAAAGGGUAUUUUGGAAAAAGAAUUGGACUUGAAAGUAAACGAACCGGACUUGGAAGGAUCUGAUUCUGAAUUGGAAAAUCCUUGAAAAAUAUGAAAAUAAAGAACAUAUUGUGGCUCUUCUUUUUGAUUAUAAAAGAUGGACUCGGCCAUUUCGCUACAUAAAAAAUAAUAGACUUGAACAAGCGGUAAGAAACGAAAUGGCACAAUAUUUCUUUGACAUACAUAAAAGUGAUGGAAAAGAUAGAAUAUCUUUUACCCAUCCGAUAAGUUUAUCAACGUUUUUUCAAAUAAUCAAAAAAAAAGAUACCCCUUUUAUCAUUAGAAAAAGAUAUUUCUAAUAAAUUGGACAAUUUUUGGGUUUCUAGAAACAAACAAAAAUUAAAUUCUAUAAAAAUUGAUUUGUUAAAUCGAAUUAAAAAUCUUGACAAACCAGUAUCAGUCCCAAUACUAGAAAUUGAAACAACCAAAACGCGAUUAUGUAUACACAAUGAUGAGACUAGAAAAGAAUACUUACCAGAAGAGUAUGAUCCCUUGUUAAAUGGGCCUUCCCGCGGAAGACUAAAAAAGAUAUAACGUUGAUAAACGAGACUUCGAUCAAAAAGUUGAGAGAGAAGGUUAUGCUAAAUAGACUUCAUGCUUUAUUGUUGAUGUCUCCUUUUGAAAAAAGGAAAAAAAAACCAUUACAAGUUGGUGAGUUCUCAACUUUAUCAUCGAGUUUCAAUUUAACGGAUUCAGAACAACUAACAAAAUUUUUAGUAAAUGUAAUUGAGACAGACGAUAAAAAAUAUUCUGCAAUAGAAAAAAUAGGUAAAGAAGAGAUUGGUAAAAAAGUCCCCGGAUGGUCAUACAAAUUAAUAACUGAAUUGGAACAAAUAUCGUAUUUUAGAAAUCCACCAGAUGAUCAUGAUAUUCGUUCAAGAAAAGGGAUAAGUGUAUUAAUUUUUGAAGAGCCUAAGGACUCUCAAAGAUAAGACUACAAACAAAGAUAAGAAUACAAAAGAGACAAAUAUUCAAGCUAUAAAAUCCGACAAUGAUGAGAAAGAUAAAAAUAUGAAAAAGAAAAAGGAAGAUGAGGAUAAUAAGCUUUAUUUGUUACGAUAUCCGCACCAAUCUGAUUUUCGCCAAGGCUUAAUAAAAGACUCUAUGCGAACUCAAAGACGUAAAAUAGUUAUUGAGGGACUUUUUAAAGCAAAUGCGCAUUCCCCUCUCUUUUUUGACAGGAUGAGGAAAAAAACCUUUUUUUCUAUACCAUACCUGGCUCAACUGAAACGACUUUUUAUAAAAUGGUCAUCCAGAAACGAGUUCGGUAUUUUAGAGUCUACAGAGGAAAAAAAAACAAUAAUAAAAAGAGAAACCAAAAAGGAAAAGAAACGACGAGAGGAAAUAGAACGGUUAGAGAUAGGGGAAGCCUGGGAAACUUUCCCAUAUACCCAAAUAAUAAGAGGUUUGUUAUUAAUAAACCCAAUCAAUUCUGAGAAAAAAAAUUCUAUUACCUUCAUUCAUAAUCGGGAAAAAUAUAGGGCGUAUGCUACUAUUUCAAACUCCUGAAUGGUCUGAAGAUUUAAAGGGAUGGAAUAAAGAAACGCAUGUGAAGUGUACUUAUAAUGGUAUUCCGUUAGCUGACAAAAAAUUUCCGGAAAAUUGGUUGACAGAAGGUAUUCAAAUCAAAAUUUUAUUUCCUUUCUGUCUAAAACCUUGGCACGAAUAUAAAUCACUAACUUCUCGUGAUGACUUUUGUUUUUUAACAGUUUGGGGAAGGGAAACAGAACACCCUUUUGGUCAUCCACGACAAACACCUUCGUUUUUCGAGCCUGUUUUUAAGGAACUUUACAAAUUUGUAAAAGUAAAAAUCAAAUUUUUAAAAAAGUUUUCAAAAAAAAAAACAAGUUCAAACGAAAAAAGAACAAUACACCCGAGUUUAAUAAAAAAAGAAAAGAUGAUCAAAUAAAUAACCAGAUAAUGAAUCAACCCUUGAGUAAAAUUGAAAAAAUUACAGAUUGGAAAAAUUAUUCACCGAUAGACAAAAUACAGGCUAUUACUCAUAGGACAAAUACAAUUAAAAAAAAACUAGAAAGAAUUACGGAAGAUAAGAAAAGGCUGACUCUAGAACUAGAUAUGAGCCCUUACAAAAAAAGUUCGAGAUUAGCCUUGUCAAAAAAUUUUUGUCAAAUGUUAAAAAUAAAAAAAAAAUAGAUUAAGAUAUAAAUUUCAUUAUUUUAUAAAAUUAUUGAUUCAAAGAAUAUCUAACUAUAUUUUUUUAUAUACUAUAUCUAUUUGCCAAAUGACUGAAAAACUCUUUGUGGAAUCAACAAAAAUGAACUCUCUUUCAAAUAUAAAAACGCAUAAUAAUAAGCGUUAUAAGGAAAAGCCAGAGAAUUUUGGUGAUUUAUCUAACUUGUCACAAGCAUAUGUAUUGUACAAAAUAUCACAAAGGAGUUUUUUUGAACGUAUCUAAUUUGAUGUCUGUUCUUCAACAAAAUGGAACAUCUUUCUUGAUUGAAAAGAAUUUCUUUAUUAAAAAAAAAAUAAAAGACUCAUUUCAUAAACAAGGAAUACUUCAAUCUGAAGGAAUAAAAAAAGAACUUAAGCGGUCUAGAACGAGUCAAUGGAAAUUUUGGUUAAGAGGGAAUUCUCAAUACGAUUUAUCUCCUAAUUUCUGGUCUGCCUUAAGAUCACAAAAACAAAAAUGGAGAAAUAGGGCGAAUCGCUAUCGUAGGUCUAAACAAAAAGAUUUACACAAAAGGAAUUCCAGUAGAAAAUUAAAUUAAAUAAUUACAGGAAACAAAAGGAUGCUAACUCAGUAUUUAAUAAAAAAAAAAAGAUAAUUUUAAAAAAUGCUGUCAAUAUGAUCUUUUAGCAUAUCAAUACAUUCAGUAUGAAAAAAAUAGUGGACCCCCUCCAGGAGCUAAACGGGAAACGAUUUCUUAUCAUUACAAGAUGUCACAAAACAACUUGUUUGCGAUAACGAAAAAUCUUCCUAUCACUAGUUUCAGAGAAAAAAUAGAAAGGGUCAAUAUCCCCUAUACAGACAAAAAUUUAGAGAGAAAAUAUUUAAAUUUGAAAAAGAUUAAUUUUUCUCUUGAUAAAAAAGCGGAUAUUGAGUCCUGGAUCACGGGUAAUGAUAACAAUACUCAAAGUACUCCAAUUUUCACUUAUAAUUAUCAAUUAAUUGAUAGAAUGGAAGAGAUUGUGAAAAUUGAGCAAAUUUUUAAAAAUGAAAAAGAUCCUUUUGCUCUUUUGAUUCAGACAAAUACCGAAGAAAGGAAUCUAGUAAAUUCUAAAAAUUCUUUAUUGGAUUGGAUGGGACUGAAUGAAGCAAUACUCGACCGUCCAUUAACGGCUGAGGAACUUUCGGUCUUCCCAGAAUUUCUGUGGUUUGUUAAUAUAUAUAAAAUGAAACCAUGGAUUAUACCAAGCCAAUCACUUAUUUCUAAUUUGAAUCUCAAUGAUGAAAUGACGAAUCAAAAGAUCGGUAAAAUUAAGAAUAAAAACAAAGAUAAAAAGGAUAAAAAGAAAACUGAGGGUGAAACCAAAGGUAAAACUGAGAGUAAAAAAAAAGAUAAAGCCGAGGGUCAAACCAAAGGGGAAACUAAAGGUGAAACCAAAGGUGAAACCAAAGGUGAAACCAAAGGUGAAACCAAAGGGAAAACUGAAGGUGAAACCAAAGGUGAAACUGAAGGGGAAACCCAGG